UAGAUAAAUAAAAAGUACAGUGUAAAGAAAAUAGUGAAAACGAUGAUUUUGUGAUUGCAUAUUUAAUUUCAAAUUGUAGGCGAUCUAUGUACAAUGCGAGUCUGAAUUCGACUGUACCAACUAAUGUUUAGAAUACUUGAAACAUGGCGAGUGUCGAAUUAUAUGCAAAAAGUGAACAAGCUGAAAGGAAACUUGCAGUUUUGUAUUCGGUCUCUGCAAUCUUGUCAACAACAGCCAUAAUUUGUCUUCUCAUAGUGUGGCAGCAUUGGGCCUGGACUCUGAAUGUUUGUAUCAACGUGGAUUGUGGGUGUAUUUUGUAUAGUGUCAACACAUUUAGUACUUUUAUGGGGGGUGAUGUUAAACUGUGCCAUUUCACAUCAUAUGGUCUAGUUCCGGUACUGAUUGUCGGACUGGUUCUUGGGAUUUAUCAUGGUUACAGAACAUGCAUUAGCAGAAACUUAGGGGAUCCUAAGCAGAUUCAAACGACAACUUCAUCUGGACAUAGGGCACAGCAAGGAAAUGUCGUCGUGGUGGGACCGAAACGGAGAACCAUUUGUAAGCAAUGGUUUUUAGCUGCAUUUUUAGGAGUGUUGAUCUUUUUUCUCUCGCUAUCACAUGCUGUAUUGUUAACUGAUGGGUACUAUAAAACCUGCAAUCAAUAUCGAAGGAAUAUGGUUCAACUUUUGGGAUCGAGUGGUCGUGAAGUUCAGGUGAUUCAUAAUCGCUUAUCUUGUGGAGCCGUGUUUGAUUAUAUGGAUUAUCUACAGCCAGAUGCUAAUAACUGGAGACGCGGGGAUGAAAUCAAUACUGGUUUAUCCUUGCAGUUAGCUAUUACAACCAGUUGGUUUAAUUUGUUCGCAUGGAUAGGUAUUCUUAUUAUAAACUUUCGCAUGGCUAGGGAGAGGCAGAUUGAUUUGAAUGGGCGAAGUUGUUGUUUCUAGUGACUCAAAAUUAUAUUUUAUUACUGAAAAUCAAAUAUUGUUUUGCUAAUUGAUAUCCGUACUAAUUUCGAGGAAUUACUAAUAACGCAAGUUGUCUUGGAACUCCGAUAUUGAUCUUAGGUACACCAUAAUGCAAACAACAUAUGAAGACUUAACGUAUACAUAUAUCAGACAUAUGACACCUUAUUAUGAGUUAAAGUAUUCUUUUUAAAGAUAUAGUAUGAAAAAAUUAUUUAAUUCUCUUAUCACAUGAUAAUAGACUUUAUUUGUAGCUGUCUUCGGGUUUUUUUUUUUUUUUUUUUUUUUUAUACAUAUAGGUACAUUUUUAUUAAUUUCAUUUAUGUACAUCAUAGUUAUUUUCUGUAUUUCAAUUGAUCACUCAAAUAAUAAAUGUAAUAAAUAAUAUUACAUUAAAGCCGCCGUAUUGGCCAAAAUAGUUCGGCACAUAAAUGAAUAUUCAAGCCACUGAAUAUUCCAGUAGGCAAGUAUUCAAAUUUUCGAAUAUAUUAUAUCUGUCCUAAGAAUAGUAAGAAUAUGGUUGAAUAUUGUAGACCGGCACUAUAUUUGUAUCUAAUAUGUUCGAUAAGAAAUGUAGACAACUGUAUAAUAAUUUUAAUAACAAUAUAAUAUAGUAAAACAACAAAACUGUAUACAUAAAUAAAUAUACGGCUGUAAUCUCUCAAAAAAAUAUUUCGAAAAUAUCUUUGAUCUUUCGACAACAUUUGAUUUAGAAAACUCAUGAUUUCAGUUAUAAAAUGAAGACAAAGCAGGGUAAUAGAUUCAUCGUAGCAACAAUUCCUCGCACAUUGUGAAGAAAUUUCAUCAUUUAAGAAUGUAACUAUCGUGGUUCUUAAAUUACUGCUAAAGACUUUACAAUAACUGUUGGCAUAUUAACAUUUCAACUAAGAUGUUGAUGUCGACUGAAUGCUAACGUUAUUUCUCUACUUCAACCUCAGGCACACAUCAUUAAUUCCUGUAGAUAUAUGUAUACUACCUUGUACCUUUGUAAUGUAAAAUACAAUUACAAGUUUAAACGAAAUUUUUUUAAAUCCUAAAAGAUUUGCUUUACAUGCAGUGAAUAAAUCAAAGUAAGAGAUACAGCUUACAGAAAAAGAAAGAUUCAUUUAUGCAUCCCUACGAUGAAUAGAAAAACGACAAAUCAAAAGCAAUAAAUAUGCAGUUACUAUAACUAAUCAAGGGGCGGAAUGUGAUCGAUGCUGUUUCAACUCACAAAAAUUCAUGAAAAUAUAAACAUAUAUUACAACCCUUGCAUUUAAUAGUUGAUAAAUACGUAGCAAUUUUAUGAACAAAUUUUUUUUCGAAAAUAUCCUACUUCCCAUUCUCAUAUUUAAUAAAUCGGGUAAUAUGGUAAUAGUAGUAAUAAUUGUAAGUUCAUAACAAUAAUGAUAAUAAUAUUAAUAACAAUGGCGUGAAAAUACCUUCAAUAUUUGGUCCGUAUAGAUUUGAACUUAAGAUGGUAAAGAAAAAUUUUACUUAUACAAAAGUCGAAAAUUGAUUUCAUAAAGUACGAAUCCAAAUCUAAUUAUCAGUAGCUAAGCUUGAUCAUUAUUUUCGUGAGGAACGUUUGAGUGGAACUCGGUGAUAAAUCUAAUUUACUCUGGGUCUCGAUUCUCAAAAAUAC